AACUCACAUUCUUUCUUUACAUGUCCAGUUUGUUUUAACCCUGUCCUGUCUUCAUUUGGACUAACACUUGGGGUCUUCGCGGGUCUUACAGAGCCGAAUACCGUAUCAGGGUUAAUCAUUAUAAAUACAUUGUUGACAUUUAAUGUUCAGACAGAUGUUAGCCUCACAGAGAAACACCAAACUGUCUAAAACUUGGAUCCUCAUCCUACAGGUUCAGUGUAGGUAGCAGAAUUAAAACUUCCAUGUGCCAAGCAAGUAGCGGAACUACAGUGGCUGAUGCUACGUGACGUGCUGACCCAUAAACACACAGACGCCGCACUGACUGUGGAGGGACGCGCCUAACGCGCCGCCAUCUUGGUAACUGUACAGGACCAGCGGAGGCGGUAGUGCAUGCACAUCUAUGAAGGAAAGAGCUACUCCACAAUCUGAAAGUAGAAUUAUUCACUGAAUUUUCGACCGAUUUCCAAACGGUUUGAUUUGUUAAAAACGUCACACAUGUAGCUAUGACACAGGAUGCUUGGACAUUUUAAAAAUGCCGGUUUACUAACGUUACCCAAAUACAAAUUCUACUUAAUGUUUUCAGCAGACAAUCCCACGUAUUACACAGCUGCUCACUAGUGAAGUAACUACUGUGAGACAUAAUUUAGGUUAAAAUGCAAUGUUAUUUCAUCUAUAAACUGCCUCUGGUCUGAAAAAAACACAGACUUCAGACUGCAGUGAUUGACCAGUUAGAAGAUUAAUAAUAGAUAUUGGAUGUAUUUAAUAUGUACACUCAAACAAACAACAGCAUGUGAUGGAUCCUGUAAGAUCCUGCAGACUGACAGUCUGCUGUUCACAAAGGGUAGAGACAGCGGAUUUCAGACCUACAAUGAUAAUAAUGAGUGAUAAUAAUAAUAAUAAUAACGAUAAUAAUAAUAAUAAUAAAAUGAUAAUAGCAAUAUUAAUUAUAAUGAUAGUGAUCAUGAUAAUAACGAUAAUAAUAAAAUGCAAUAUAGGCUAUACCCUACAAGCAAUUCUCUAAAUAAAGACCUAAACACACCUGGGCGUUUUCUGGGUUCCUUUUGUUCUAUUUAUAAUAAUUUUUUCAUUUCAUUUAUUUGUUUAUUUGUACAGAGACAGUGCACAUUAAUGAACAUUUCUGUAAAUGUGCCAGUUUUAGCUGAGUAGCAAGUUUCCAACUGCAGUCCCCAGGCAAGGUGUUAAAUGCCAGCUGAAAGGGAAAAAAACAUUACAAUAGACAUUUCAUAAUAACAGUAAAAUAUACAGCACAGCACGUAUAAAAGCACAUGGAUCAGAACAGAAGGCAUAACACACACAGUAAAAGACAAGAAGUGACACAUAAUCACAAUGGAAAGCACAUCAAGCACAUUAAAAGACAGGAAAAUAAGCUUCGGCCGGCAGGUAGGCUACAUCAGGCAAACAGACAAACAUAGUAGCAAUGCAGCAUAUUGGCAGGACACCAGGAGCAAACAAUACAGAAUAAUACAAAACAAAACGCAGUGCACAUUUAAGCAACAUGUAAGCAAGCGAAACAGAUAGGCAGUCAAGCAGGCAACAUGGAGGCAGAGAGGCAUGCAAGCAGGUAGACAGAAUUAUAGGAUUAGUAUGGACUACUGAUUGUGAUCGCAGGCCUGAUCAUCUUUUAACCCUAUUUUUAGAGGGUGUUUGAAGGCUUUGUGUGUUUCAAUAUUGUGAAUGUGUGGUGGCAAUGAGUUCCAGAACUGAGAAGGCUGACUGGCUGAAGGAACUUUUUCUCAGUGGUACAAUGAGGGUAGUUGUUGAGGCCGAUCUGGUCAGUCUGCUGCUCAAUGUAAAAAAGUCAGCAAGUGGUGGUCGAGACAAACCAUGGAGAAUUUUGAAAACUAGAUUUAUGUUGUGAAAUUCUACAGUGUUAUCCCGGCUUAGAGGGACACUGCAGUAAUGGUAACGAAAAUAUUUCUUGUCCAGAACUUUUAGGGCUUGCUUAUACACAGAUACCCCUUUUCCACCAAAGCAGUUCCAGUGCUGGUGCUGGUGCUGAGCUGGUUCAACUUGGGAACCAGCUGAGAUUUGCUUUUCCACGGCUCAAGGUGGUUAGGGUGCCACGUCAUUGUGUCACUGUAUACAUCAGUUACGUUCAACAACAACAACAACGAUGGCAGACCACGUACUUGUGCAGCUGUUACUCCUGGUGCUACGAGGCCUCAUCGGCAUCCAAACACGGCAGAUACAUCGUAUUUGUGCUGCUCGACAAGAUUUGUAUGGACGGCAAUUACGUUCCAGAAGACAGAGCUGGCUCAUGAAGCACUUUAGGGACACUGGCAGAUUGACCCCUGAACAACACACCUAUAACUACAGAUUAAGCAGUGCACGGUCCGUUGUGGAAAUGGCUUUUGGGAGACUGAAAGGACGGUGGAGGUGCCUCCUAAAAACCUGCCAUUCAAUUGUUUGUUAUAUUUAGUUCUGGUUGUGUAUGCUGCACGUUAUGGCUGCUACUCUCCAUUGUUUUUGCUGUUUUGUUGCUGCUUACCUGACUCCUUUUACCUGUGUUUGCUGGACUACUUCAUGUCACCAAUACUGUUUCAUCCUUCAGUUCAAUAAAUUCAUAUAAAUGAUUGUGACUGUCAUGGUCUCAUUUCUUUAUAAACACAGUGACUGAAGACAUCUGUGAAAAGCAUCUUCAUAAAUGGGUAACCUGUUGAGGUCUUGACUUGUUUUUACUAGCUUUACUUGAACUUAUUACACAGUUAAAUUGUACAUCAUUAAGUGAAAACAUACAGAAGCAGACAUUUCUCUUUAGAUUUUUUUUUUAUUUAAAUACAAAAAACAAGCUAAUGAUAAAAGGGACAAGUGUGAAUUGAAUGUGCAAAACUUAACUUCCCAUGAAGAAACACACUGGUGUCAGUCUCCAGCUUCUGUAGCAGGGCAUCAUUCAGGUCCUUGUUGUGCUGCAAGAACCUCUCAUCUGCCCUCUGCAGCAGCUCUGUGUUGCUGUCUCUCUUCCUCUUCCCUGUGUACAAGAAUAGAAGAAUCAGUUUAAAAGUUUGUCAUAAGUCAUAAGUAGAAAAACACAGGUUCAGCAGUACAAUGUAACAAACACGUCAGCUCAACAAUCAGCACUAGUCUUACGACACAGUGCACAGACCUCACACCAUAUGGAAAUCAGGAUGUGGGUAUAAAAGUAACAGUGACAAAUGUGCAUAGUAUUGCUGAUUGGAGCAUGUAGCUGCCCUGGUUCAAUGGCAGCAGUCAUAGGAGAUUGUGUAUGAAUGAUUGUUCAUUUAUCACAGCACACAUUUAUAUUAUCAAGUCAUACUUUUAGGUAUAUCUCCAUGUCUGCAUAGUGUCUGGUGAGACAAACUACUGGAUAAACAGCACAACAGCUCUUACCUGGUCUGGUCUGGUGGCUUUGACCUGAGCUGCUGGAUGGUGUUGGCCAGCAGCAGUGGAGUAGUGACGUUAGCUCCAAGUUAGCAUUGUCUUGUUCGACGGCAGAUAACUCUGUAGACCACAUGAAAAACAGCGCUUUAAACAGUGACUCGUCCACUACACAUUAUACAAUGUUUAGCCAACUGAAAGUGGGCUGGCCGUUGAGCCAAUGGCUAAGUAACUUGGUAACACUAGCUAAUGUUAGCAAGGCUAACCUGUUGAUCAGUUAACAUUAAGCCAAGCAGACAUUACAAACAAUAGCUGUGUCCCAAUUUAGCACCGCAUCCUCUGAGGGAUGCGGGCCUAAAUUGGGCAGGGUGGAAAUAAAGCCCUUUUCACGCAGAGCGCACAAAGCGCAGACCUCCACCGACGAACCCGUUCAUUGUGUAUGUGCUACCACGGCGCAAGAGCGCACCGCUCUGCUGCCAAGCUGAGCGGCGCACACUGCCAGUCUGCACUCAGAUUGAAAUUUUUUUAAUUUCACCGCAACACGCUGUGACGACACCUCGGCGCCGCGUGUCCAUUAGCAGAGAAGAGCCUGAAGUAGACCCAAAAGUGGUCACCAUGGAGCUGUAGCUCCUGAACGAGCCUGUACUCCCCCAAAUCCUGUCCUCUGCGCCCUACCCCGCGGUGGGCACCGCGAAAACUCUGUGUGAAAGAGGCUUAAGUUCUGCAGAGUUUCAGAGGACCUGGAAAAUGUUUGUAGGAUAGUAAUAAUAUUAUAUAAGAUAAUUAUAUUGCAAAGAUAAUAUAUGUAAGAUAAUAACAUUAAAGACAAAAUUAAAUUGCAAUACUUUUUCAAAACUUGAUGAUUUUACCUUUCUGUACAUUUUGUAUACAAAUUCAUUAAAUAAUUUUGCUUGUAAAUGUCUGUUUGCAUCACCUUUAUUACAGAAAACACAUUAUUUGAUCAAUUUACAUUGUGCCCCUAAAGUUCUUUGUGCGCUCCUUACUUUUUCAACUUAGUAGCACAUGUGCUCCUUGGGAAAAAAGUUAGCGUCAAGCCCUGACUCUGUAAAUUUCCAUUGUUAUGUGGAUGUUACACAGUUGUAUUUAUCGAUGAAGCCAGAAGAAAGUAAUCAGUUAAAUAAACUUCAAAAAUGCCUUAUGCCUGGUACACACUAGCACUACACGACUUUUCUGCCUGUUCUGAAAGUCACUAUGUCACAUUACACGAUUGUGGAGUCAUAAAAUCGUGCCGUGACUUGACCGACAGACAUGGCACACUACACGCUCUUACUCACCAAUUAUCCCCGGUCGUCUUUCACGGCGUGUGUGAUGUCAUCAGGUUAUUCUUGUCCUAUUUUUAUUACUUUCACUAUUAUUUGAGUCACUGUGUGUGUUCAUGUGCCAGCUGACAUGUUGUUGUAGUCACCUAAAAGCGUCAGCAGAUGGCAGGAGCUACAUUUGAAGCACCAUACGCAAACAUAAAAGCCACUGAAUCCUCCACAACCAAGUUCCUACAAAUGUUUCACAAUAAAAGCCUUUUUAGAAAAUGGAGAGAUUCUCUCAGCCGAGGUUAUAAGGGGCUUUUAAUUUGAAACAAGUUCAGGGAGUGUUGAGUUUGAAAUGACGGCGCAAUGUGUUAACUUUACAAAGACAACGGAGCGGAUAAAAAGUAAAUAUAUAAACACAGAGGGAUUAAUAAAUAACGGACCGUCUAUAAUGUAGUUUGUUUCAAAUGAAGCUGGGAGCCUCUGCAGUUGUGGUGAGUAAAAGCCCCGCCACUGUUUUUUAAUGUCAUUACUUUAUGUCAGUCUCCAUUAUGAAGACGUAACAUUGUUUGCUAGCUUGAUGCUAAUGACAGUAACGUUAACUCAGCGGGUUGACAAAGUGCCUCUGCUGUUUCACACCAUCAUUUCCCCCUUUUACUCUGUGUGGUAACAUCCCUAGAGGAAAUAUUAAAACGCUGGGGUGUUGUUGUCAUACAGUUGUCUACGGCAGCAGAUCCUUGUGUGUUUCUACUAGUCAAAGUGACGGCUGUGAUGGGAGAAAUCGUGAACGACAAAAAUAAAAUCAGACAUGCAGGACUUACUGUUGGAAUGUUGUGAGGCGUCCCAGACAUGGUGUCGGUUGUCGUCUACUAUAACACACUACACGAGAUGAAAUGAUGAAUUGUCGCUUACGAUCCAUGCAGACAUCGUACAUCGCUGCAUCGGGCUAGAAUCAGGCUGGUAUUGUGUAAUGUGUACCAGGCAUUAAAGACAUAAAAACCUGGAUGAGCUUGUGAGGGAAAUUCUCCUCUCUGAAGAAGUGAUGGACUCGGUGUGAGGAAUCAAGUUUCUUUAAUACAUACAGCAUGGAGAGAAGAGCAGAAUUCUCUCCAGCCUUCAGUCUCUACAGACCUUUAUACCAAACUAGAGCUUUGAACCCAGGUUGCUCCCACCAGCUGCACUCGAAAAGGAGAUUGAUUGAUCGAAAAGAUGCAGAAAAAUUGGUCCACGCUUUUGUUACCUCAAGGCUGGAUUACUGUAACUCUCUAUUAUCAGGUAGCUCUAGUAAGUCCUUAAAAACUCUCCAGCUAAUUCAGAAUGCAGCAGCACGUGUACUAACAGGAACUAAGAAACGAGAUCAUAUCUCUCCUGUUUUAGCUUCUCUGCACUGGCUCCCUGUAAAAUCCAGAAUUGAAUUUAAAAUCCUACUGUUAACUUAUAAAGCUCUAAAUGGUCAAGCUCCGUCAUAUCUUAGAGAGCUCAUAGUGCCAUACUAUCUCACCAGAACACUGCGCUCUGAGAACGCAGGGUUACUCGUGGUCCCUAAAGUCUCCAAAAGUAGAUCAGGAGCCAGAGCCUUCAGCUAUCAGGCUCCUCUCCUGUGGAAUCAUCUUCCUGUUACGGUCCGGGAGGCAGACACCGUCUCCACAUUUAAGACAAGAUAUGAGGUCAACUUAAAUCACAGCGGUGCCUGGACAGCGUGACGUGUGUGGUUGUGCUGCUGCCGUGGUCCUGCCAGAUGCCUCCUGCUGCUGCUGCCAUCAUUAGUCAUUAGUCAUACUUCUUCUGUUAUUAUACACAUAUGACUAUUGUCACACAUGUAUACUGCCAGAUAUUAAUACAUACUUUCAACAUAUUGUACCACAGUAGCCAGAACUAUAACUAUAAUAUUAUUACUUUCAUUAAUGUUGUUGUAAGAUACUGUCAUUACCGUUUGUCCUGCAUCUCUCUGUGUCUCUCUGUUUUUUUGGGGAGUUUUUCCUGAUCAGCUGUGAGGGUCAUAAGGACAGAGGGAUCUCGUAUGCUGUAAAGCCCUAGAUAUAAAUGGCUCAUUUGAAGCCAGGAGGAGCUGCAGGCCCUCAGCCAGGAGGAGCUGCAGGCCCUCAGCCAGGAGGAGCUGCAGGCCCUCAGCCAGGAGGAGCUGCAGGCCCUCAGCCAGGAGGAGCCACAGGGCAUCAGCCAGGAGGAGCUGCAGGCCCUCACCCAGGAGGAGCCACAGGGCAUCAGCCAGGAGGAGCUGCAGGCCCUCACCCAGGAGGAGCCACAGGGCAUCAGCCAGGAGGAGCUGCAGGCCCUCGGAUGGUUACACGCAGCAAAGUGAAAGUGAAGGAGGAGAACGAUGGUGAUCCCAUGGGAGAACAUUUACAUCGCUUCACCGUGAAAUUCAGUCCUACUGACCGCAAAGAAUACGCUAUUGCCUGUGAUCGACCUUGCACAGUGCUGGAGGUUUUAAAAUCAACUGAGAAUUAUAGUAAGAAGAUGAGGAAGUGUGCAGAUGAAAACAUUGUGAUUCAGCUUGGUAAAGAGGAUAAGGCAUCUAUUGUUGCAACACAUUUCCCUUGUACUUGUAUCAGGGAUGGUGAGUCUCUGAUCAUAUCAUGUGAGGCAGAAAUAGUUGAGGCAGCCAAAGACCAACUAUACAACCCAAUACAGUCAAGAGAGAAAUAUUCUGUCUUCUACAUAGAUAGAGAGGGAGGGCUGAACACCAAACAAAAGAAGCUUUUUAGAAGCAAAGCUGUCAAACAGUUCAAGUAUCUGUGUGUCUAUGGGCAGAAGGGGAUGACUGUGGAAGAGGCUCUGAAAAGGGACGGUCGCUUCAUUAAUGACCUUGGUGUCUUUGAGCUGUCUGACAAUGACAAUCCAAGCUGCCUCACUGAAUAUACACAGAAGGUUGACACCCUAGAUCAGAAAAAACUCAAGUUAUGUCUUCCACGGAAAAAGAAAAGAAAAGGGCAACCGGCAGAUCAGAAGGCCAACCAGUAUACAUUAGGUGAUUCCCAUACAGCCAGAGAACCAAAUUCAGAUGAAGUCCAACAGAGCAGAAACACUGCCAGCAAUGCUGUGCAACGGAGAGCAAGAGGUGCAAGAACUGUCCACCAGCAAAGCGACAGCAAUACUGGCGCUGUAGGACAACAGGGUGGCAGUAGUGUCAGCGCUGCAGGACAGCAGAGUAUCAUGGUUCAAAGGAUCAAUGACUAUGUCUGCCGUCAGUUUCCAAGUCUGAGAGAAUGGAUGGAGAACCAGUUCCCAGGUGAUUCUUACCAGCAAACAUUAGACCUGAAGAGGGAAGACUUUGGAAAGAUCCAAAACUCAUUUAGUGAAGUUGACACAGUCAGGAAGCUAGUAGAACUGGGCGGGUCAGUUUGUCUGUUGGAAAUAGAUUUAUUAUCUGUCAAAGUUCUUGGCACAGGCUUUGUGCUGUUUGAUAACUUCAUCUUGACCAAUGCCCACUUAUUCAAACAAGGUUUUGAAUCUAAAAUCGAUAACUGGCAGAAAUAUUUAAAAGUUAUUGCACGGUUUAACUAUGAAAAUCAAGACUCAGAAUCAAACUGGAUCAGCUUCAGUGUUAAGAGAGAUGUUGUAUUCAGUUAUGAUCUAGAACUAGAUUAUGCCGUUCUUGAGCUUGACCUAGAGGCUCAAAACGAAAAUGUGCCACCAGGGCUCCUGAAGCACUUUGGUCCGAUGCCUCUGGAUGGUGGAGCCUGUCUGAUUGGUCACCCAGCAGGAGAGGUGAAAAAAAUGGAUCCAACCUGUAUCAUUGAGAAAGAGAAGAGGGAGCAGGCUGUCAGUGAUUAUUUAAAACCAUACAAUCCUUUCAUUGUCCAUCAAAUCAGACUCUAUAUCAAAGCGCAAGGCAUUGACAGCAUAAUGAAAGGAAGUCGAGCUGAAAAUGUAGUAACCUACCCCACUUUCAUGUAUCACGGCUCUUCUGGCUCCCCAGUGUUUGAUGCUCACGGCCGAGUGUUUGGUUUGCACACCGCAGGAUUUCACCUUGCGCCUGAAAACACCACAGACAGUGUGAUAGAGUUCGCCCAACCUCUGCUCACUAUAUUUGAACACUUUGUGAGUAAGCUGAAGGAAAGUGGAGAUGAGGAGCUGUUGAAGAGAGUUCAGGAAGAAGCAAUGGAAAACCCAUACUUAGAAAAAGUCUUUGAGUGCUCCUCUGUAGUCAAGCCUGAGCCAGAAGACCCAGAGGACCACUCAGACUUCAUUGAGUCAAUGGAUACUAACUGAGUAUUCAGAGGCUCCUCAGCAAGUGAUAAAAACACAACUGGCUGCAUAGGUUAUUUUCUAGGCUGUAGUAUGAUGAUACGAGCAGCAACUGAACGAUCGACUGACCUGAUAAAUUCAUCUUUGUCAAGUCAAAUUUAUUCAUAUAGCUCAUUCAACAGGCGUAGACCCAAUGUGCUAAUUAAAGUAAACAUCAUACAUAACCAAAAUCAUAUAGAACGACCACAGUUGUAUGACUUUUUUCUUUUCUGGUGCGGUUCAGCUUUUGGUGUUGAGUUUAGAGAAAAUAAAAUUGUUUGUUUGUUUUUGAUAUUUUAGACUUCAUUAUCUUUGAACCUCCUGCUUUGUUUUUUUUUUUUUGCAUUUCAUUAAAAAUCAAUUUGUCCACUUCUCAGAGAGAGAUCAAAUUAAAAUCUAGCACUUAGUCUGUUUACAAACCUCAGAACUAAAGAAAACUGAAUUAAAUUACAGAUAAUACGUAACUAAAGGCUGGGGUAUGCCUGAAACAUGUGCUCACACCUGUUCCAAAUGGUAGUGACGGCCAAGUGAAGCCUAAUGGAUCAUUUUCCUUACUUUCUGAGCCCACUGAAUGGCGCGCUCUGCUUAACAAAGGUUUGAAAACACAGUCUUUACACCAUGUGUGAUAAAAUAAAGAAAAUAGUUCACGAGGCUUCUUUAAGCUAACACUACUAAAGAAUUUACAAUUUUGUCCGAACAACUUUAAUUUAACUCAGAAAACAUUGCUGUUACUUUUUACUGAUUUCAUUGAAGUGCUGAAGCUGUUCAGUGUUGCUAUUGUAUAUUAUAACUUUUCUGUGUGAUGCGUGAAUGUUAAUGAGGCUUUGAGUCUCAGUUUCUUAGUUAUAAUCAUGUUACCAAGAACUAGAAUCACCACCAGUCCAGUGUCUCUGACAGUCUCCAUCCAGGUCAGUGAAAACAUGGAUGCUUCACACACAGAUCUGACCAAAUGUCUCCCCUUCUGUUCCUGAGAUAUGACGUUAAACCAUGAUGAUGUCACAACCAAGCUGACCUUUGACACACUAGUUUGAAUUUUUUGUGAUUCCCAAUUUGUGCCUCCUGUUCUGUUUCGGUGUUUUACUUGUACUACUGUAACCACUGCAACUAUAAUAUGUCAAUAUCUCAGGUAACUGUAUACUAUAGUGAAGGUAUUCUAUGCAGGACUGGUUGAUUUCUGUUUGUUAACAGUCACCAGCCAAUACGAGGCAUUUCGCUUUGCUAUAUUUCCAUUUUUUUUCGGCCGUGUCCACAAUUUCCGUCGCUUCCUCUUGGAUGCGUGCUGCUUUCAGUUCGGCACCUGGUCGUUACCUUUUUAUAAAAUCCCGAUCUCACGUGUGCGCUGUACCAAGGAACGCCCCGAACACAGCAAAACAAGAGGAAAAUACAGAGUCUCUGUGGGUCGUACCUGAUUGAGAGGAAUUACUUUUGUUUGAGUCCCUACAUUGUUUUUAGGCAGUUC